AAUGGCAGCACCAAAAGAGAAGCAUGUAGUGCAUCAAUAAGAGAAGGCUUUGGCUGUGUGAGGCAGCAAGUCACCAAAAAUAGCUUGUGUAUUUGUGCAUGUAGAGAGAGAGGAACUGAGCGAUUCAGCUCCAACAGAGAUAGAGGAGCUGCUCCAACAGAGGGGGGCUGAGUGACUCAGCUAAGCUUCAGGUGCUAGUGUUUUGUGUGUGUGUGUAAGAUAUCAAGCCUCACUGCUAGUAGUAGUCCUGUGUGUGUUUGAGAGUGGAUGAAGCAUAUCGCAGGAAGAGGGGGGAUGUUAGAGUACGUAAUGGGCCUAAUGGGCCCGUUAGUCUUAGGGUUAAUUAGAGAUAAGGGUCGCUUGCUUAGGGGUCAAGUAAGCCUUGCUUGGGAGUCAAGUAAACCUCUCUAUAUAAAGAGAGGAGAUGUAUCAAUCUAAUCAAGUAAGAAUUAAGAAGGACAUCCCUUCCCUCUUGCCCGGUCGUGGGCAAAAAGGCCUCCGGCCGGCCCUCUCGCGCCCUCCUUCUAGCAGCGCCAUAACAAUUUGGUAUCAGAUAGCUCAGUUCCGAUCAUGUCUUCGCCGCCGCCCACCCCGUCGCUUCCGCUGCCGACCGGCACUACCGCGCCGCUGAUCUCCCCGUCCGCGCCGCUGCUCUCCCCAUCCGCGCCGCUGGACUCCACCGCCGGCACCUCCACCGGCCAGAUGCCUCCCUCCACCGCGCCCCCUGCCUCCGUCCUCACCCCGGAGCAGGUGACCGGGGUCCUGAACGACCUGGUCACAGCGGCCCAAGGGAUCCGGCUGUACUUACCCAGUCCCUACGGGCCGCCGCCACCCCCGCCGCCGGCCGCCACCACCGGCCCACCGGCCCUGCCAUGGUACCUGCCACCCGCGGCGGCUUCCUCGGCGCUCGCAAGGCCGCUGCAGCUGCAGCCGCCGCCCGCUGCCACCCCACAGUGGCCGCAGUGGCCGUCGCCGACCCUCGCGGCGCCCCCCCGCGCCCAUUGCCGCCCUCGCGCCGUUGUGACUGUCGUGGUAGCCGCCGCACCAGGCGGCCUCCGCCGCGCUCGCCGAGCCGCUGCAGCUGCCAUCCAUCGCCACCACUGCCCAGCCCUGGCUGCAAUGGCAGCCGCCGCACCAGGCGGCCUCCGCCGCGCUCGCCGGGCCGCUCCAGCUGCCAUCCAUCGCCACCACAGCCCAGCCCUGGCUGCAGUGGCAGUCAUCGCUGCAGCUCGAGGACAAGCUGCAUGUCCAGGUGGGGUGUAGUGUUAGAGUACGUAAUGGGCCUAAUGGGCCCGUUAGUCUUAGGAUUAAUUAGAGAUAAGGGUCGCUUGGGAGUCAAGUAAACCUCUCUAUAUAAAGAGAGGAGAUGUAUCAAUCUAAUCAAGCAAGAAUUAAGAAGGACA